AUGGGAUCAGGCUUAUGGGAACGAGAAAACUAUGGUGUUCGGGCCGAAUGGGCCUGCUGGUCCAUGUUCGGCAUGGCAGCUAUCAUCGUCGGCCUUCGUGUCUUCUGCCGUGCCGUCUAUCGCAGGAGAGCAACAGGCAAUGGCCUCGGCCUGGACGACUACAUCACUCUUUUCUGCAUGGUCGUCUUCCUCGUAACAUGCAUAUUUGUCACCAUCUCCUCUCAUCACGGCCUCGGCAGGCACAUAGCCAGCCUUUCCACGGAGCAGAUCAAGCAGUCGCUCAAAUGGAGCCUCAUCACCAACGCCGUGCUUGUCUGGACAUUCUCGCUGCCCAAGUUUGCUAUCAUCUCGACGCUGCAACGCAUCCUUUGUCCCGGAAUCAAGACUACUAUUCUCUUCUGGACUCUGGCACUUUCGUGUCAGGCCUGCAUUCUAGCGACAUCGGUUUGGUGGUUCAAACAGUGUGAUCCUGUCGAAAGGAAUUGGGAUCUAUCGAUCGAGGGAAAAUGCGCCGAUAUUAGCAUUCUCAAGAACCUCGGCUACUUCACAUCAGCAUAUUCAUCAUUCCUUGACCUAUUCUUCGCCAUCUACCCAGCCCCCUUCAUCAUGCGCCUCAACAUGCCGCUCAAGACCCGUCUAGCGUUUGCAUCAGCCAUGGGGCUCAGCGUGCUGGGUUGCUUUGUGUCUUUGUACAAGCUUAUCAUACUUCGGCAAGUCUUUGAGAUCAUGGAAACUGACCCAACAUAUCCCGUGCCUUACCUCGGCAUUCUCGGUUUCGCCGAGGGCUUUAUCUUGAUCGUCUGCGCGUCCAUCCCAACUCUCGGUCCUCUAUACCGCCUGGCUCGCGGCCGGCCUCCUAACGGUGAAAACAACUUCCCUGCAUUCGCCGACGCAAGUCAUCAGCUCCCAGAAAGCAGCAACAACCUACAACAUCAUCACCGCGACCGCAACGCGCACCAUCACCACGGUCUGCCCUUUAUCUCAGCAACCACCAGCAACCUUUUCCGCAGCAAAUCAUUCAAGUCAUUCACGUUUUCCGGAAACGAUGACUCGUCUCCCACUGGAGACGACGGCACAGGGAAGCCAUCCUCAUCAGCCGAAAGCUUGCAUCUGCGCCCGAGCUUCGAUGCGAUCCCGCUGGUGACAACAGUGGGCAAGGCGAGCGAUUCGUUCGUGGACCCGUUGGCUGGAAGGAGGGGAGUACAUCUUACAACCGAAGUGUCGGUUGUGUCGACCCCGACGGAAGAGACGCCCGGCUUGCCAGCGGGGUAUCACCACCCUUCUCCGGGGAGAAGACGGGGGAAUACGACGGGGAGUAUGGCUUGA